AGAGGCAAGGAUGGUCGCUGUUACUUUGUGAUGAGAUCGGGGAUGAAUUGCUCGCUUUAAAAAUGCUGCUUUGGAUUCUGUUGCUGGAGACGUCUCUUUGUUUUGCCGCUGGAAACGUUACAGGGGACGUUUGCAAAGAGAAGAUCUGCGCCUGCAAUGAGAUAGAAGGGGACCUACACGUAGACUGUGAAAAAAAGGGCUUCACAAGUCUGCAGCGUUUCACCGCCCCGACUUCCCAGUUUUACCAUCUAUUUCUGCAUGGCAAUUCCCUCACUCGACUUUUCCCUAAUGAGUUCGCUAACUUUUAUAAUGCGGUUAGUUUGCACAUGGAAAACAAUGGCUUGCAUGAAAUCGUUCCUGGGGCUUUUCUGGGACUGCAGCUGGUGAAAAGGUUGCACAUCAAUAACAACAAGAUCAAGUCUUUUCGAAAGCAGACUUUUCUGGGGCUGGACGAUCUGGAAUACCUCCAGGCUGAUUUUAAUUUAUUACGGGAUAUAGACCCCGGGGCCUUCCAGGACUUGAACAAGCUGGAGGUACUCAUUUUAAAUGACAAUCUCAUCAGCACCCUACCUGCCAACGUGUUCCAGUAUGUGCCCAUCACCCACCUGGACCUCCGGGGAAACAGGCUGAAAACACUGCCCUACGAAGAGGUCUUGGAGCAAAUCCCGGGCAUUGCUGAGAUCCUGCUGGAGGAUAACCCGUGGGACUGCACCUGCGAUCUGCUCUCCCUGAAAGAAUGGCUGGAAAACAUUCCCAAAAAUGCCCUGAUCGGCCGAGUGGUCUGUGAAGCCCCCACCAGACUGCAGGGAAAAGACCUCAAUGAAACCACUGAACAAGACUUGUGUCCUUUGAAACACAGAGUGGAUUCUAGUCUCCCGGCUCCCCCUGCCCAAGAAGAGACCUUCCCCCCUGGCCCCCUGCCAACUCCCUUCAAGACAAAUGGGCAAGAAGAUCAUGCUACCCCAGGGUCGGCUCCAAACGGAGGUACAAAGAUCCCAGGCAACUGGCAGAUCAAAAUCAGACCCACGGCAGCGAUAGGGACCGGCAGCGCCAGGAACAAACCCCCAGCCAACGGCUUGCCCUGCCCUGGGGGCUGCAGCUGCGACCACAUCCCGGGCUCGGGUUUAAAGAUGAACUGCAACAACCGGAACGUGAGCAGCUUGGCUGAUUUGAAGCCCAAGCUCUCCAACGUUCAGGAGCUCUUCCUGCGAGAUAACAAGAUCCACAGCAUCCGAAAAUCGCACUUUGUGGAUUACAAGAACCUCAUUCUGUUGGAUCUGGGCAACAACAACAUCGCCACGGUAGAGAACAACACUUUUAAGAACCUUUUAGACCUCAGGUGGCUGUAUAUGGACAGCAACUACCUGGACACGCUGUCCCGGGAGAAAUUCGCCGGGCUGCAAAACCUCGAGUACCUGAAUGUGGAGUACAACGCGAUCCAGCUCAUCCUUCCCGGCACCUUCAACGCCAUGCCCAAACUAAGGAUUCUCAUUCUCAACAACAACUUGCUGAGGUCCCUGCCCGUGGACGUGUUUGCUGGGGUCUCGCUGUCUAAACUCAGCCUGCACAACAAUUACUUCAUGUACCUUCCAGUGGCCGGGGUGCUGGACCAGUUAACGUCCAUCAUCCAGAUAGACCUGCACGGAAACCCCUGGGAGUGCUCAUGUACCAUUGUGCCUUUCAAGCAAUGGGCAGAACGCCUGGGUUCCGAAGUGCUGAUGAGCGACCUCAAGUGUGAGACGCCGGUGAACUUCUUUAGGAAGGAUUUCAUGCUCCUCUCCAAUGACGAGAUCUGCCCCCAGCUGUACGCUAGAAUCUCGCCCACGUUAACUUCCCACAGCAAAAACAGCACUGGGUUGGCGGAGACCGGGACGCACUCCAACUCCUACUUAGACACCAGCAGGGUGUCCAUCUCCGUGUUGGUCCCAGGACUGCUGCUGGUGUUUGUCACCUCCGCCUUCACUGUGGUGGGCAUGCUCGUGUUUAUCCUGAGGAAUCGAAAGCGGUCCAAGAGAAGGGACGCCAACUCCUCGGCGUCCGAGAUUAAUUCCCUGCAGACAGUCUGUGACUCUUCCUACUGGCACAAUGGGCCUUACAACGCAGAUGGGGCCCACAGAGUGUACGACUGUGGCUCCCACUCGCUCUCAGACUAA